GCCCAGCCUCACCGAGGGAAGGCACCCGCACCGGACCUUGUAGGCUAGGGAAGGAGUGUGGGUUCCGAGGGCCCCGUCGGACACUUAAGUUUGCACGGUUGUUGCCCUACUGGCAGGGCCGGAAGCAGUUUGACGCCCGCACUCCUCUGUUUUCGAAGGGGUAACGCUCUUCCGAUCUGGACUCGGCUUCUCACCCCUCCCCCCGAGGCCGAAGCCCCCAGCUUAGGUGGGGCAGCGCAGCCAGAGCUCCUGAACCCGGAAGAAGCGCCAUCCGCCGCCUUCAUGGAGCCCACCGCGCUGUCCCUCACCGAGGAGGACCUGACCGAAGUGAAGAAGGACGCUUUAGAAAAUUUGCGUGUAUAUCUGUGUGAAAAAAUCAUAGCUGAGAGACAUUUUGAUCAUCUUCGUGCAAAAAAAAUACUCAGUAGGGAAGACACUGAAGAAAUUUCUUGCCGAACGUCAAGUAGAAAAAGGGCUGGAAAGCUAUUAGAUUACUUGCAAGAAAACCCCAAAGGACUAGAUACCCUUGUUGAGUCCAUUCGGCGAGAAAAAACGCAGAAUUUCCUGAUACAGAAGAUUACAGACGAAGUGCUGAAACUUCGAAAUAUAAAACUAGAACAUCUAAAAGGACUAAAAUGUAGCAGCUGUGAGCCUUUUCCAGAUGGAGCCACAAACAGCAUCUCUCGAUCAAAUUCAGAUGAGAGUAAUUUCUCUGAAAAACGGAGAGCAUCCACUAUCAUGUACCAUCCAGAAGGCGAAUCCAGCACAGCUCCCUUUUUUUCUACUGAUUCAUCUCUGAAUUUGCCUGUUCUAGAAGUAGGCAAAGCUGAAAAUCCCACCUUCUCUUCAACUACACUUCCCAGACCUGGGGACCCUGGGGCUCCUCCUCUGCCCCCAGAACUGCAGUUAGAAGGAACUUGUGGAAACUCUGGUGAGAUGUUUCUCCCCCUAAGAUCGCGUGCUCUUUCACGGCAAUGACAGUUCACAGCCUUUUAAUGUUUUUAGUAAUGACUAAUAUUUGAAAAUAUAUGAAUCUUUUUACAAAACUGCUGUAAUGACUUAUUAACACCAAUACACGUCUUUUAAAAUGCAAGGUAAGCACACUUUGUAAAUAGACUCUUCUGAGGAAAAAGAAGCGUAUUUUUAGAUAGCUAAAGUAAAUCAUGUGGAUCAUGUACUUUUCAGAAUUUUGUAUUUUUUUAAUGGUUUAUUUUUUAUUAUAUUUUUUCCCAUUACCAUUUAUCCCCCUAAUACCUUCUUUGAGGUAUUUAGUGUUUUCACAUUUUUUAUGUUUUGAGACCAAUUUUAAUAGGGAACAUUUCUCUAUUUAAUAAUGGAGUCUUAGACUGGGAGUGAUGUUGUUUCUCAGUGCAUUUAUGCUGGGAAUUUUCACAGUCUAACAGUCCUUUCCAUCCAUCCAACAGUAAAUUUUCAGUAUUAAGCCAUUUGUAAUUGCUAAUAAAGCCAAUUACUGAUGGGGAAAAAAUACCAGUAUGCCAAAAAAAAACCUCUUUCCUGCUCAGUUUGGCUUACAGACACUUACAGAGUCCCCUUCUGAUGCAGAAGAACAUCUGACUAGUUUGAGCUACCUAAGGUCUCAAUUAGCCAAAAUACAUUUAUUAACCUUACUAAUUCAUGCCACUUUCUUGAGAUUUUCACAUUCUUUAGCAUUUUCAUUCCAAAAGACAAAUCUUUACAAAAACCCAUUAUUACCUGUAAUUUGGUGAAAUUCUUAAAAAUAUUUUUUCUGUACUUUCUACUCUCUUUUACUGAGGACCACUGUACAAGUUUUAAAAACUGGCACGAGGUGUUCUUUUCUAUGUGGGUAUGUGACAGUCUGUUUUAUAUAAUGUUUGGAACAAGCAGGCCAUUAGUUUGAUUUGACUUUUUGUUAUAUCACAAAGUGUGACUAAAUUUAUGCAUUUAUAAAUUAGGUGCCCAUUGUGUUCAUUUAAAGUAUAAUUCUCUGUAUUUCCUGAUAUCCCUCAAAAAUAUUUCCAUUACUUAAAGCAGAGAUGGAAACAUGCUAUUAACAAUAAAAAUGUUUGAAUUGUUGUGCUGUUUUGGAAGUUUCAAACUUUUUAAUAGGAAGUAAAUAUCUAGAAUACUUAUUUUAUAUGUACUAAUUUUUAUAGAAGAUAUUUCAAGUGUGAGAUCAAGUUGCAUUUCUGGAUAAACCAGUGAGGCAAUCAAUCCUGAAGAAGAUUGGCAUAUUGGUUUUAAAGACUGGAUAAUUUUUCUAAUGUAAACAUCUUCUAAGGAUUAUGGAGAAACAUGUUUCACAUCUAGUGUAGCAUAAGAAUAUAAUGGUAUUACAUUUAAAGAUCUUAUUUUUAGAGAUAGGUGUAGGGAGGCAGAAAGAGAGGGAGUGAAACAUCAAUCAGUUGCCUCUCCUGCGCCCCAACCAGGACUCGGCCACAGCCCAGGCUUAUGCCCUGACUUCUCAGUUUACAAGAUGAUGUUCAACCAACUGAGCAUGCGUAGCAUUACAUUUAAAGAAAUCUUUUUUAAAAGCAAAAGCAGGCUUUUCACUAAUUAAAACAAUUUAAUAUGCAGUUAUUGUUUUAAAUAGGAUCUACUCAGACCAUAAUGUUAGAUAGGUUAGAGGACCUAUAUUUAUAGUUAAUAACACUUCAUUUUCUUUCAGAUUGUUGAAUACCUAUAUAGACAAUAAAAUGAAGAUUUUAACAAAUUGAGGCUUUUGGGUUUUCUGAAUCCUAUAAAGUUUUUUAAAUACUGAAAACCAACCAUCGCCAACAAAUGUUUAACUUUGAAUGAUUGACAUGAUACAGUGCAACUGGUGACUAGGCUAAUGAGUGCAGCAGUGAAAAAGUUACUUUUCACAGAUACCGCGUUAUCACUUAGUCCAAAACAUCUUUGAGCUCAGGUUUGUAUUGCUUCUUUGGAAAACUAACAGACUUUAUUUUUUAGAGCAGUUUUAGGUUUAUAGAAAACUUAAGCAGAAAGGACAGAUUUCCUGUAUGUUCCCUCUUGUCCUGUUUCCCACAUUAACAUCUCUAAUUAGUAUGAUACAUUUAUUAGAAUUGAUGGACCAGUCUUGAUACAUUACUAUUGACUAAAGUUAAUAGUCUUUGUUACAGCUCAUUCAGUGUUGUGUAAUUCUGUAAGUUUUGACAAAUGCGUGUGUCAUGUAUUCACUAUUAUAAAAUACCAUACAGAACAAUCUCACUGCUCUAAAAAUCCCGUAUUCCACUUACUCAUUCCUUCGUUUUUCCUCCCCUUCCUAUUUGGUA